AUGGAUAGCACAGACCCCAAAGGCAAGUCCUUUGUGGGCCAGGAGAAGUGCUAUCAACUCAUGGCGGGGAAGAUGAUUGAUCAUGCCUUCAAUGGGUACAGUACCUGCCUGUUUUGCUACGGUCAAACUGGUACCGGCAAGACCUUCACAAUCAUGGGCAAUCAGAAUCCGCAAUCUGAGCAAGGCUUGUUGUUGCGCUUCAUGUCCGACAUGUACCGGCAAGUGGAUGCACUCCUUGAGAAAGAAGGUUGCCAAAUCCAGUGCCGUGUGCAGAUCGUGGAGGUCUACAACGAGAAGGUCAGAGACCUUCUGAACGAGAGCAGUCCCCAGAAUCCGGAGGUCCAUGUGCAUCCGAAACUGGGCGUCUACCUCAAACACACAUUGGAUCUGCCAGCAAAUUCUCUGGAGGCUUGCCUCUCUCUCAUAGAGGAAGCCAGGAGUCGGCAAAGCUUCGCCGCAACUGCCAUGAACUCGAAGUCCUCCCGCGGCCACACAGUCUACAAGCUGAGCCUGGAAAAGCAUGGUGGCAGCGACAACACCGUGCUUACCUCCGAGGUCUACUUUGUGGACUUGGCUGGCCGGGAGAACGAGCGUACAACCAAAGUCAAAGGAGAGCGGCUAGUAGAGUUGAGCUUCAUCAAUCGAAGCUUAAUGUGGCUCUCGCAAUGCAUCCACGCAUUGGGCAAUGCGGAGCCCUCCAAACGGCGGCAGUCCCUGGGCGAAGCUGAUCAGCUCAGUCCAAAGGAGAAGCUGAACGGCGACGCUGCAGGUCGGCGACAGAGCCUUCUUGAUAAGAAGGUGAAGGGGGACCGGCGUCCCACUGACGUAAGUAGAGAACGUGCAAGCACGAUCUCUGAGGACUCCGAUGCCACACCUCACCACAAAAACAAGACCCUGAACGGCAAGGGCGUGGAUGCAAAAAUGGCAAGAUUCCGAAACUCCAAGCUGACCUUGCUCCUCGCAAACGCUCUCAAUGGAAACUCCAAAACUUCCGUUAUCUGCACCCUAAGCCCGGCCCAGCAGAAUGCGGAUGAAAGUCUGACGACUCUCAACUUUGCGACCAGCCUGAAGCAUGUAAAGGUUCAGGCUCGGGCUGCAACCUUCGUUGACAAGGACGCCCUCAUCAGCGGCCUGCAGAGAGAGGUGCAAGGGCUGCGUGAGCGGCUAUCCUCAGAAGCCGCUCCUGGCUUGGAAGAGCUCAAAAGCGAAUUGGAGGUUGCCAAUGGGAUGCUGGAGAAGUACCGUGAGUCUUGGCAGGAGAAGAUUGAGGAGAACGAGAAGCUGCGAGAGCAGCGAAAUAACGCCCUGCGCAAGCUGGGGGUAGCUAGGUUUCGUAUGGCGGUGAGAUCGCUGUCUCCGGGGGACAUCGCGGAGCCCAGCUCGCGCCAGUCAAGUAAGAGCCCGCACAUGCGGUCAGAGAACAUGCGGCUGGAAUGGCCUGAUGACUGCCCGCAUCUCGCAAGCUACUCUGAUGAUCCUCAAAUCAAUGGGCGCUUUUGCUUUGCCCUUUCAGAGAUUGGCUUUGAGUAUCUGGGCUGCUGCUCAGAUCUCUGGUACAGGUUCAGUUGGAGUUGGAAGUUCAUUCCCAGAGUUUGCUUUAAUUUCAACUCAGGUACUGCAUGGGCUCCUCAUCCACCUGUCAUUUCAUCCUGCCACAGAGGGCGGGCAUCGCCCCUAGAUGCUGCUUUGUAUGGCUGGAUGAGGCUGGGCCAGAAAGCGGUAGAAUUUUACGUCUUUGUUUCUGCUGAAGCACCAUAA